CGCCUCGCCUGUGCUCCGCACUGCUGCAGUGAGCUGUAACGUACUUUGAAACUUUAAAGCACACUGUCACUGUCAGACGCGAGCAACACACACAGGGUCGAUUGAAGGACUGUUUGGAUCGACGCAUUUCAAUGCGAGAACGAUACCUCGGAAAGCAUUAAUACAUUCUCUGUAAAUCACUCCACUUUCCCAUGGUCAACAAUGGUCAUUUCUCCUUGGUGAUAUUUAAUCAACAAAAAAUAAAAACAAGAAGAAGUUUCCAACGAGUUCAGUGUUUGGGUUAUGGCUGGAAUUUGCAAGUCUCAGGGUCCGGGAUUCCUGAUGGAUAUGUCAUCCAAGCACAAGUCCCUGGGUAAGAACUUUGAGGAUCUAACUCUGGACUCGGGCUAUGGAGGGUUGGCAGGGUCUUGCAGGUCCUCUGUCCUGUCCCUGUCCCCCACCAGCCUGGACCCUCCCACCUGUCAAGGUGGCAGCUUGUGGACCAUCCCAGGAGACAUGAGCUUCGGCCGGGACAGCAGCAGCAGCAACAACGGCUGCCACAAGUGCCGGUCCGAGGAUCCCGAGGGCCUGGAGGGGCUGGAUCUGUGCCCCAAGCUGCCGCCUCUGGACUAUGUGCCCUGGAGCGAGGAGGAGAUGAUGAGAGUGAUGAGGAAGUGCCAGCCGAGUUCCUCGAUCAAGGAGGGCGUCUCUUCUCCCUGCGCCACCGCCGGCCUCCUCCGCCAGCUCUCCACCUGCCUGGGCCGAGCCCUACUUCGAAUCGCCAGGGAAGCCCAGCGUCUGAGCCUCCCAUGCGCCAAGUGCACCAAGCUGGUGGUCCAGAGCGCGGCCAAGCUCACCCUGUCCUGGACGCUGUCAGAGGCCUGCGUGGCCGCCGGGGUGCGGGCGCUGUCCCUCUACAAUAUGAGCGCUGUGGAGCCGUUCUCCACAGGGCAGAGCGCCCUAUGUGGGCUGCAGUUCUCGGUGGGGCGCAUGUUCCGCUGGCUGGUGGACAGCAAGGUGGCUCCCCGGAUACACGAGCACGCUGCGAUCUACCUGGCGGCCGCUCUGGAGAGCCUGCUGGAGGAGGUGUGGGGCCGGCUGCUCUCCGCUCAGUCUGGAGGGAGCCUGGAUGAGAAAGCCCUGGAGCACGUUCUCAACAAUGAUGCAGAGCUGUGGGGGCUCUUCCAGCCCUACCAACAUCUAUCCUGUGGGAAGAAUGCUUACGGCGUUCCCUCACUGCCCUCCUACCUGAGUAUCCACACGCUGGGCCAGCCUGGCUCCCGGGCCCUCUUCAGACCUGCAGAGCUGCAGAACCUCCUCACCACGUCCGUGGGCAGCGUGGCAGAGCUCAGCUCCCUGGUCAUCAACGCCAUGUUCUUCCUGCAGCAGCUGGGAGCUCGGAGUGGCAGCGGGGGGGCCUUCCAGCUGCACUUCAAGCAUGGGCCCGUGUCGUGGGAGCCCGAGGCCCUGCACGUGCUCUACUACUACACACAUUGCCAGCAGAUAGAGUGGGAGAACCCCAACACAGAGUCACCCAGGGUCAAGCUCUGCAGCGACAGGCCCUACGUGUCCCUGCCCCCCGUGGCGGAGUGGAUCCGUGUCUGCGUGGCUCAUGCAGAGCACCGUCACAGCCUGACCAUCGACAGCAAUGACGUCCAGCAAGCAGCCAGACUGCUGCUGCCUGGAGUGGACUGUGAGCCGCGGCAGCUCAGGGUGGAGUGCAGUCUCUACGCCUCCAAGCGUCUUGAAGCCCAAUCGGCAGAGCAGAAGCUGAGGUGGAACCUGGCCUUCCGCAUGCUGAGCUGCGGCCGCACUGACCUGGUGCAACCAGCGGAGGCGCUGCUGGGGCCGGAGGGGAUCAACUCCCUCAAUGAGCAGGGCCUGUCCCCUCUCAUGUAUGCCUGUGCCGCUGGGGACGAAGCCAUGGUCCAGGUGCUGCUGGAAGCCGGAGCGGAUAUUGAUGUUCAGGUCCCCAGUAGCCUACAGAGGGCUCCCUCGGCUCACCCCGAGAUGAGGCACAGGACUGCACUCGCGUUCGCCAUUGCAUUCGGCCACAUCUCUGUGGUUCAGUUGCUUUUAGAAGCUGGUGCCGACGUGGACGGUUGUGUCUCCGAUGGAGUGGAGUCGGAAUCUCCUUUACAGCUUGCAGCAGCAGCGGGUCACUUGGAGCUGGUCUCCCUGCUGCUGGAGCACGGUGCGGACCCCAUGUGCGGGGCAGACUGUGAGGGAGGGGUGGGGGCAUCGAUACAUGGGACCACCAAUGCAUUCAGCCUGGCUGCAGCGCACGGGCACAGAAACGUGCUGCGGAAGUUGCUAUCCCAGCCGGCGAGUCGCAGCAGUGAGAUCCUGUCCCUGGAGGAUAUCCUAGCAGAGGGUGGGGGGCUUUCCGCCCCAGCCAGGCCCAGCUACAGUGAGAAGGCACGCAGGAGAGUGCUGCAGGAGGCAGUGUACCAGAGUGCGGAGCACGGCUUUCUGGACAUCACCCUGGAGCUGCACAGACAAGAAGCCGUGCCGUGGACCCUGCACACGUGGCUGGAGUCUCUGCGCAGCUCCUUUUCUCAGCGCCGCUGGGACGUGACGCAGUGCCUGCUGGGAGAGUUCGGUGAGCUCAGGGAGGUGUUCAGCCAGGAGAUGGUGUCUCAUGGACUGCCGAUCCUCUUCGAGAUCCUCCGCAACAGCAAGAUUGAAUCCAUGUUCCAGCAGCUGGCAGCGAUCUUCAGCCGGUGCUACGGGCCGUACCCCAUCCCUGCUGUGCCCGACACUGGCUUGCAGCAGCAACUCCACCUGGAUCCCUUGUUCCUGAACAAUAAGGAGAUGUCAGAUGUCACCUUCCUGGUGGAAGGGAAGCCAUACUAUGCGCACAAGGAGCUGCUCAUGGCUGCGUCCUCGAGGUUUCAGAAUCUUAUUUCUGUGGCUUCCUCCCAGUCUACGAGCCAGAUUGAGGUGCGGGACGUGACAUACACCGGCUUUCAGGUGGUGAUGCAGUAUAUCUAUAAUGGAGGUGUUGAAGGGACACACAUCAGCAAGCACCAAGUUCUUGACGUUCUCCACGCAGCCAGUUUCUUUCGAUUGAAGGCCCUGAAACGACACUGUGAGAUUCUCUGCACCAAACACAUCUACCCAGCUGAGAUUGUCUCAGUAUACCGGCACGCCAAGCUGUACAAGGCCUCCGAGCUGAAGGUGUUCUGCGAGGGAUACUUUCUGAAAAACAUGCCUGCCCUGCUGGAAGUGAGCUCGUUCCGGCACCUCCUGCUGGGCGUGGACGGUACUGCAGGGGACGAGAGCCUGUCUCACGACCUCCUCCAGACCCUAGCCUCCAGAAUGCGUGCCAUCUACCACCCGUCCUCCAAGGAGACGAUGGUGUAGCAGAGACGGGGCGGCUGUAUGAAACUGUGCACAGAGCCGAAGCCAGUCCCUGACUGCCCUGGCAGAACUGCGUGUGCGCGUGCGUGCGUGUGUGUGUGUGUGUGUGUGUGUGUGUGUGUGUGUGUGUGUGUGUGUGUGUGUGUGUGACAUGCUUCAUUUUUGUUCAAGGAUGUUAGAACGACUCAGAUCGCAAUGUUUACUGCACAUUUACUGAGGCACUAAAAUGUUUGCUUUGCACCAAAGAGACCACAUUGUGACUUCUAGGGCUUUUCACUUCAGAGGUGUUUUCAAAAAGUGGGAAAUGAUUCAGCCAGAAAUCCCUGCUUCAGGCUGCAGCACGCUGACUGUGGAACAGCCUUCUUUGGGGCCGUGUGGGGUUCACACACGUCACAUUUCUUAUUGAGGGACCUGAGGUCUGCUUUUAAACAUUCAGGCAGGCUGCAUUUGAUUUGUGCCCAGCAAAAAAUGGUAUGCUGAAUUUUCUGGAACUACGAACAUUGGUCAUGGUCUGUCCAGAAGAAGUAUGACAGCUAUCCAUAUUUGCAUUGUUUUUACAAGGGGGAAAUAAAUGUAUGCAAACUGAUGUCUGAUACAUAGAUAAACAGACAGACAGACAGAAGGCUGUUUCUCUGUGUUACAGUAUUACUUUCCCAAAUGGUUAAACACUGCCAGGUACAUAUACAGUAAGUAAAAAGCCCUGCAAGUUACAGUUCUAAUGUAGUUCUUGUUGUUGUAUGUAAUAAUUAGGCAGCGUUGUUCUCGCCAUUAAUUUAUCAUUUUGUUUAUUGUUUCUAAAAUAGUUUUUUCAGCUGAGCCACCUUUUAAAAUGUUUGGUAUUAAUUGUUAAUAUUCCUAAGAGUUGUGCAAUAUUGUACAUAGUUUUUUUUUGUUGUUGUU